ACAAGUUUGACCUUCCCGAUCAACUAUGGGCUUCCACAGAAAACACGCAAUAGAAGGUAUUCUACACGCAGCCCACGAGGUUGCCGAUCCUGCUCUCUGGCGAGCUGUUUUCGCCGAGUUCUUCGGGACCUUCGUCAUGAUCUUCGUCGGAUUGUCGAACGUGGUCGGCAGCGAAUACGACGACGGGGUCGGAUCUGAUAUCGACAAUUUGAUCACACCUGGAUUGACGUUUGCAGCUAUAAUCAUGACUCUGAUUCACAUUAUUGGACCAACUUCGGGGUGUCACAUCAACCCAGCUGUGACCAUCUCGCUCACGAUUGCAAAAAGAUGUCACAUUUUGAAGGCUUUAUGCUACAUCAUAGCUCAACUUACAGGUGCUGUUGCCGGAGCCUAUCUGGUCUACUGGGUCGCUCCUCAAGAGUGGAUAGACCACAGUCAUCUGGGCAUGAACAGACUGAGGCCAGAGUUGAACCAGAUCCAGGGUCUGGUGGUGGAGAUCAUUGGAACCAUGAUUCUAGUCCUGUUGGUCCUCGUUAUCUCGGACCCCGAUCCGAGAAAAGACUUCGAAGGCUUUCCGUCGACUGCUGCUGGAUUUAUGGUUCUGGCUUGUGUUCUCUUCAUGGCGCCUUACACGGGAUGCAGCUUGAACCCAGCUCGAUCUUUCGGACCCGCUUUCGUGAUGCAAGAGUUCGCAGCCUACCACUGGAUCUACUGGGCCGGACCGAUCGCAGGAGGGUUGGUAGCUCUGGCUGUCUAUUACGGAGCCUUGAUCCAGGGUUUGCAUAAACAUGACAACCCCGAGGUGAAAGAAGUUGUUAAUUUUGCUGCGAAUCAAGAAAAGGUCCAGAUCGAGCAUGAUGGUAAGGAGAUUGAUGGAAAAAAGACAGCUGGAUUUCCAAAUCCUCUGGCGGACACUAUUCCGGGUUAAUGUGUUCCGGCCGCACAAACGGAUUCAUUUACCCAAAAUCCGAGGUCAAAAACAGCCAUUUCGUUACAAAACAAAUUCGAAAGAUGCAACUCAUUCAAAAUGUAUUGUAAUCUGCGACUAUAACUUGUAUAGAAAACAAUUGAGUUUUUUUGUCAAAACAAAGUAAUUCAAAAACUGAUAACGA